CAGGAAACAAAAUCCAAACAAAGAGAGAGAAACUCGCGAUUUGAGCAGAAGCCAAACACUGAAAGAAACACAAGUCUUCGACGGGAACGAUUUCGGGCAUGGAGUCGGAAUCGGAAUCGGAAUUCAACCGCCAUGGCAAUAUGAAAACGGCUUCAGGCGAUCAAACACUUCAGGGCAUUCUUCACGACAUCAAGUCUUCGAAAACUCCAGCUGUUAUAAACUAUGGCGCCUCCUGGUGUCGGGUUUGUAGCCAGAUUCUCCCGGCAUUCCACAGGCUUAGUAACAGUUUCCCCAAGUUCAAGUUCGUUUACGCAGACAUCGAUGAAUGUCCUGAGACAACGCAACACAUUCGUUACACUCCGACCUUCCAUUUCUAUAGAGACGGCGAAAAGGUUGAUGAAAUGUUCGGAGCAGGAGAGGAGAGGCUCCAUGAUCGGCUUUGGCUUCACUCAUGAAGAUAUGUCCUUAUUGCUCGCUCUGUUUAUAAAUUUAUUAAACCGGAUUGUUCGUCAUAACGAGAUUAAGCGAAAUUCGGGUUAAUUUCGGGUAAAGUGUUGAUCAUUGGCCACA